AUGGCUCGCGGUAUUCCUUUUCCUACGCGACUUUUGAUGCUUCAUCCGAAUUUCCGAGGGGGAAGUGUGUUUUAUGCAUUGCUGUAUGCUUUUAUCUAUGGGUCCGAGCUGAAUCAGGAUACUGAUACGAUUGACGCGUACCUCACAAUAAAACCACUGACGGCAUCGUCAAUGCAUGUUUUCGACAUGCUAUUAUCCUGGUGGGGUGUGGAGUGGAUGAGGGAGGGAGGUACUAUAUGUGCCAGAAUACUUACGAGAUGCGGUGGAGCCACUUUGGGUUUGGCAAAAUUCGAUCACGACGCCCGUCAGUGGUUUUGUUGCGAGUUACGCGCCAAUCGUGUCAGUAUCCUCUCUGGGAAUAUAGCAGAACACACCUACACGCACUCUGACACCCUAUAUUUACAAGAAUCUACCUGA